AUGGGGCCCCCAGUGGCCCUGCGCUGGGUCCGGGCACUGGGCACUGGUGUGUCUCCGGCCCGCCAGGCGGUGCUGCCCUUUGAAGCCAUCCCCCAGUGUCCUGGCAACCAGUGGACCAGGAUGCUGCGCAUCUGGAAGGAGCGGGGCCAGGAGACUCUGCACCUGGAGAUGCAGAAGCACUUUCAGGAGCUGGGGCCCAUCUUCAGGUACAACGUGGGAAGUGUGCCCAUGGUGAACGUGAUGCUGCCCCAGCAUGCCGAGCAGCUGCAACGGGUGGAUGGUCUGCACCCCUACCGGGUGCCCGUGGAGCCCUGGCUGGCCUACCGACACCACCACGGGCUUACCCUGGGCGUGUUCUUGAUGAACGGGCCAGAGUGGCGCCGCGUUCGACUGCGGCUGAACCCAGACCUGCUGGAGCCCAGGAGCACCCGGAGUUUCAUGCCCAUGGUGGACACGGUGGCCCGGGACUUUGUCCAGGCCCUGAGGCGGAGGGUGCUGCAGAACGCCCGUAGAAGCCUGACCCUGGACAUCCAGCCCAGUGUCUUUCUCUACGCCAUGGAAGCCAGCAACUUUGCCCUGUACGGCGAGCGGCUGGGCCUCCUGGGCCCCACCCCCAGCCCUGCCAGUGUGGACUUCCAGGAGGCCAUGGAAGUCAUGCUGACGUCCACCACGCAGCUUGCCUUCCUGCCGCCCAGCCUUUCGCGCUGGGCCAGCGCCGGGGUGUGGGCACGGCACUUCCAGGCCUGGGACACCAUCUUCCAGUUUGCCAACAAGGCCAUGCAGAGCAUCCACCAGGAGGUGACCCUCGGCGGCCCGCAGCAUUACAGCGGCAUCAUGGCGGAGCUGCUGCUGAAGUCCGACCUGUCUCUGGACACCAUCAAGAGCAGUGCCGUGGACCUCACUGCAGGGAGCGUGGACACGACCUCCUACUCCCUGCUGAUGACCCUCUUUGAGCUGGCGCGCACCCCCAAGGUGCAGCAGGCGCUGCGGAAGGAGAGUCUGGAGGCGGAGGUGGCAGUCACCCAGAGUCCUCACAGGGUCACAUCCCAGCUGCCCCUGCUGCGGGCUGCCCUCAAGGAGACCCUUCGGUUGUACCCGGUGGGCCUCACUGUGCACCGGCGCGUGCAGUCGGACCUGGUGCUGCAGAACUACCACAUCCCAGCUGGGACCUUGGUCUACCUGUACCUGUACUCCCUGGGCCGCAAUCCCGGCGUGUUCCCGCGGCCAGAGCGCUAUGACCCUCAGCGCUGGCUGACCAAGGCCUCCUGUGACAACUUCCGCCACGUGGCCUUCGGGUUCGGGGUGCGCCAGUGCCUGGGGCGCCGGCUGGCGGAGGCGGAGAUGCUCCUCUUCCUGCACCACGUGCUGAAAACGUUCCAGGUGAGCACCGCCUCCGCAGGGGACUUGGAGCUGGCCUUCCGCUUCGUGCUGGUCCCGUCCGCCUACCCGCUGCUCACGUUCCAAGCGCUCCCCGAUCUCACGCCCCUGUGA